CCACUCGCUUGACUCGAAACCAAAGGCGAGGUUUAGAGUUUGGGGAACAAGUCCAGGAAGCUGUGUCAACCGAUAAGACAGAGAACUUAUGUAGCUUUAACAAAGACAGCUUUUUCUAUGUUAGCUUUGAAUUGAGGUAAGAGUUGGAAAUACGGUUUGGCGUGCGACGAUCUGCCGGCUGGUUUCACUGCACGGUGUGUGGCUGUACACACCCUGACUCCUGGACAUGGCAGGUCUUUGGGGUCUGAAGAUCCUGCUGUUCUGGGCCGGGAUCAUCGGUUUGGCCUACUCUCAAGUCCCCACAACCUCCUCACCUCCAAGCACGACCACAAGUCCUGUAACAGACACGCCGGUCGCCACCUCACCUCCAAGCACGAGUGCAAAUCCCGUAAUAAACCAGUCAGUCUCCUCCUCACCUCCACUCACUGUGAAUCCUUCCACGGUCACAGCAUCUACUUCCACAGCACCUGCUUCCACAGCACCUGCUUCCACAGCACCUACUGCCACAAUCAAAGUCAUUCCAACUACCAAUUCUUCAGUUAGUUUGACAAAUAACUCCUCCUCUCAAUUAAAUUCUUCAUUUCAAGAAUCCACUUCAACUACUAAAUCUGCAAGCACUCCUCCUCCAAUCACCUCGAAAGAGAUCUCACCCACAUCCAAUACAUCCAGCAUCCAACCAGCCUCUCAGGCAAACAGCUCUCCCACCCAGACCUCACCUCCAGGCACUCCGCCCAGCACCACAGUGACAGCUACAACCAAAGCCUCUCAGCCUCAAAACUGUUCUUACACCGUCACAUACAACAACAUCUCUGGUGUGCAGAUUGAAAUAAAACCCUCUCGUAACUACACACUGACUGUUUUUGAAGAAGGACGACCACAGACUGGAAAGAAAAUCCAAACUGAUCACUUAAAGCAAAUCCCAGUGGGGAAAACUGGACACCUGAAGCCGUGCACUGAUUACAGUCUUAGUGUUUCAUUUAUUAAUGAUGCUGGAAAUGAAAUAUUCUGUAACUCUACGGAAAAUAAAUUUAGAACAGAUCCAAUGAGUAAAGGAGACGUUAAAGAAACCAGCUGCAUCCCUGGAUAUGUUUGUUAUGGAAGUGACUGGGACAUCAGCUCUUCAAUAUCAACACCAAAUAAACAUUUAGUUAAACAGUGUAGAAAUGACAGUCAAACAGUCUGUGUCAGACCUGCUAACGAGGACAUUUGCUCAGAUUUGAACGUAACCUUUACUUCAGGAAGCUGUGUGAAUUCUUCCUUUAGCUUCACCAAAAGCAUCAGUGUUGAUUUCUUAAAUCCCAGUGAAAUACAGCAGAUUGAACCCACUGGACUUCCUGCAGAAAUAACCACAACAUUACCAAAGUGUAAAACCUCUCAGUUAGUUACACCUGUUCAGGUAAGUGCAAACCUUACGAAAAAACACAACCCUGAUGUUGUGAAACUGUCUGAGCUGGAGCCGUUCACAGACUACAACUGUACUGGUCUGAUCUUACAGAACAACACCAGCAUAAAUAAGACGACUCCAUCUGUCCAAGUCAGGGUUGUUUGUGAUCUUACAAUAACCUACACAAAGAAUGAUUCAACCAGUACUUCCAUUGAGUUCAGCUGGACAACAACCAGUAAGAACUGUCAACAGGAGCUUCCCAACUUUCAUAAGCUUUCUUAUGACUGCAGUUGUCAGAAACACAGUCCAAAACCAGCACCUGCUGCAGUCACUCAGCUGAAAUUACAUGUUCACGAUCAUAAUACGAUCAAAGUGAGCUGGCACAGACCCUCUACAUUCAACGGACCUGAGGAAAAAUACAUAAUACAACUAAAAACAGCUGAUGAUAAGGAAGUGAGAAAGAAGGGGACGCAGAGUUGUACAAAAUGUGAAGUUGAAUUCAAAGAUCUGAGCUACUCUACGACCUACAAAGUGAAGGUGACGGCUCACAACGGACACUAUGAGAGUGACCCUGAAAUAAACCAAAUCAGCACUUUCUACAACGACAAAGCUGUUAUUGGGUUUCUGGUCUUCCUCAUCAUCCUCACGUCUGUGGCUCUGCUUUUUGUCAUCUAUAAGAUCUACAUUUUAAAACGCAGAAAGCACCAGGACUCGGGUGAAAAUAUUCAUCUUAUUUCAACAACAAAUGAUGAAGAAAACCUGUUGCUUGUUGAGCCCAUCGCAGCAGAGGUCCUGCUGGAAACCUACAAGAGGAAGCUCGCUGAUGAGGGGAGACUUUUCCUGGCUGAGUUUCAGAGCAUCCCCAGAAUUUUCUCAAGAUACACGGUGAAAGAGGCCAAGAAGUCCUGCAAUUCUGUCAAGAACCGCUACGUGGACAUUUUGCCCUAUGAUUAUAACCGUGUGCAGCUAACCACAGGAAAUGGGGAGCCAGGAUGCGACUACAUCAACGCCAGCUUCAUUGACGGAUUCAAAGAGUCCAAAAAGUACAUCGCAGCUCAAGGACCAAAGGAAGAAACUAUAAAUGACUUCUGGAGGAUGAUCUGGGAACAACAGUCCUCAAUCAUCGUCAUGGUAACACGAUGUGAGGAGGGAAACAGGGUCAAGUGUGCUCAGUACUGGCCGUCUCCUGACCGAGAGACUGAGCUCUACGAGGAGUUUAUUGUGAAGCUGAACUCAGAGGACCACUACCCAGAUUACACCAUCCGCCGUCUCAGCCUGACAAACAAGAGAGAGAAGAACUCAGAGAGGGAGGUGACCCACAUCCAGUUCAUGAGUUGGCCCGACCACGGAGUCCCCGGGGAGCCACACCUCCUCCUGAAACUGAGGCGGCGCGUCAACGCCUUCAAGAAUUUCUUCAGUGGGCCGAUCGUUGUUCACUGCAGUGCGGGAGUCGGCAGGACAGGAACCUACAUUGGCAUCGAUGCCAUGAUGGAAGGUCUGGAGGCAGAAGGCAGAGUGGACAUCUACGGUUACGUGGUCAGACUCCGCAGACAGAGAUGCCUCAUGGUCCAAGUCGAGGCCCAGUACAUCCUGAUUCACCAGGCCCUGCUGGAGCACAACCAGUUUGGAGAGACAGAGAUCAGCCUGUCUGAGCUGCACAGCGCAAUGAACACGCUCAAAGAGAAAAACUUAGACAACGAGCCCACGCUCAUGGAGGAGGAGUUUGAGAGACUCCCCACCUUUAAAAACUGGAGGACGUUCAACACAGGAGUGACCGAAGAAAACAAGCAGAAGAAUCGUACUUCGUCGGUCAUCCCCUAUGACUUCAACCGAGUGUUCCUGAAGCUGGAUGAAGGACGAAGUCAGGACAGUGACCCUGACGAGGAUGAGGAGGAGGAAGAUUCUUCAGAUGAAGAGGAUGAAGACUCCACUCAAUACAUCAACGCCUCGCACAUCACGGGAUACUGGGGCUGCCGUGCCUUCAUAGUGGCGCAGACCCCACUGGCAGACACCAUGGGCGACUUCUGGUCGAUGAUUCACCAGAAGAAAGUUUAUACUGUUGUCAUGCUUUCAGACAGCAGUGAAGGAGACACGGACUGUAUUUACUGGGACAAAGAGAAGAAGAGUUUUGGGGAGAUUGAGGUGGAGGUGACGAGCACAGACAACUCGCCAAAUUUCAUCAGACGCACCAUGCAGAUCCGCCACGCCAAGAGGAAAGACAGACGGGAGAUAAACCAUUUCCAGUUCCUGAAGUGGACGAACAAAGAGGUGCCAGAGAAACCUCAAGACCUCACAGACAUGAUCAAGGACAUCAAGCAAAACUGCGGCACCAGCAAAUCACAGAGGAACAAUCCCAUAGUGGUCCACUGCGAUGACGGCUCGUCCCGCUCGGGGGUUUUCUGCGCCCUGUGGAACGUGCUGGACAACGCUGAGAGCGAGAAGCUGGUGGAUGUUUUCCAAGUGGUCAAAACGCUGCGCAAAGAGAGACAGCGCAUGGUCUCCAGCCUGGAGCAAUACCAGUUUAUAUAUGAUGCCGUGGAGGCUGUGUUCCCCGUUCAAAACGGGGAAGUGAAACCGGUGCAGGCCUCCGCGGCCGACUCGGUGCAGAUCGUCAACGAGACGAAAGCGGCCGAGCAGAAAGACGAAGUCAAGGCUGAGGAGCCAGCCAGCACUACCAGCAAUGACCAGCAGGCGGCAGCAGAGAGCACUCCUCUGGUGUCUGACGGAGACAAAGAAGAGAAGAAAGAGGAGGCGGAGAAAGAGGCCCCACCCACGGAGACCACGCCGCUGGAUGACACCAGCAACGGUCCCACUGUCACGGUGGAGGUGUGAGGGUGACGGCCGUGACUGUGUCCACUGAUGGAAAUAAGCGCUUCAGUUGUUGCUUUUUUAAAUUACCUUAUGAAUGUAUAAACAUUGUAAAGCUUUUGGAUUUGUGGAAGAAUUUGACCAAAUGUCUCAUGUCAGUUUCCAAAAUGUUUGAUUUAAAUUAAGUUAUAAAUGUUUCUGAAUGCAAAUAUAAUUUCUGUCUUUUCACAAAGUUUACCAGCACAGCUGUCAUCAAACUAGACUCUGGAUUUACUGGAUACUUAAAGGCAUCUAACAACUAAAUCUGAAACAUACAGUAGACCAGUUGUUGUUUUGUCUUCUGUUGAUUUAGUUCAUCUUCUGUUUUCCUCAUUGGUACAUAGUGACAAGUAUUUUUGAAUCAUUUAGUUAAAGUCAGUGUUUUUUGUUUUUUAUUACACUUAAAGUUGUAUUUAUGUGAUUUUUAUUUGCUCACUGUCAUCGGCUUUGUUAAGCAUAUCUUUAAAAGAUAAGUAUGUUACUCACUCAGCUUCUUACCGCAGGAACACUGAAAGGUUUGAAGUAUUUGUUGUAUAUUUCUCCCACUAAUGAAGUUGGAGCAACAUUUGAAUCAACAUUUUUUGGUUGUGCCGGUUUGAGUUUCUUUAGGCCACACCAGUAACGUACUCGUGGAGCAGACGAGGUCAACGAUUUUCUUUUUCCUUUGCAAUAAAUUUACCUGAUGACCAUUUUA